UGAAGCGCCGCCUGUUGUCGAUAAGAGGGAUAACUCUAUGGACCAAAACAAAAGAUCUAGACUCGUCUGUCAGACACCACUUAGCCAAUGUAGGUAGCCUGAUUUAUAUUAGAUUAUAUAUUGGGUGUAUUGACAGAUAGGGCCAGUACCUGUGUUUAACAGGUGUUAAUUAAAGUUCCUACUACCAGAUCAUGAUUGACCUAACUCAACGUACUGAUUGUCAAUAUAAUUUCGAAAGUGACUGCUGAGAGAGUUCUGUUUUUGGACCAUGCUGAGAGAGAGAGUUCUGUUUUUGGAACAAAAGAAAGAUUUAACAGGAUGUCAGAUUUAAAGCGAAAAGCCAAAGCGAAGCAGACAGAUUCAAAAAUAGCAAAGAAACAGUGUCUGAAUGAAGAAACCGACAAAACAGAUUCUGUGAAAAGUCGUUAUUUUGACACAGACAAAGAGGAACUAUUAAGUCCAGGACCAUCUUGUACAGUACAAAACUCUGGCUUUGAAGCCGAUAAAAGACUUUCUUCUUCAUUCUACAAAAAGUCAUGCUUGCAACUAGCAAGGAACCUCCUGGGCCAAGUGUUAGUACGCCGGUGUCCCACCUCUGGUGGUCUCCUGUGUGGGAAGGUAGUGGAGACCGAAGCUUACCUGGGAAACGAAGACAAGGCAGCACAUUCUUACAAAGGGAAGAAAACAGAAAAAAAUAGUGCCAUGUUCAUGGAUCCUGGGACUGCAUAUGUGUACAACAUCUACGGCAUGUACUGUUGCUUCAAUAUAUCCAGUGAAGGGGAAGGUGCGGCUGUUUUGCUACGAGCCAUAGAGCCCAUUCAGGGGCUUGAAGCCAUGACUUGUAACCGUAGUAACCAGCGUAAGGAAGGGUCCAAGGCCUUGAAGACCAAAGAUCUCUGUAAUGGCCCGUCUAAAUUUUGCCAGGCUCUAGCUAUCUCCAAGAAUGCUAUAAACAAACAGGACUUGGUCAGUUCUCCGGACAUUUGGAUGGUGGCUGGAGAUCAAAUUGAUGACCAACAUGUAGUGAACAGUAAAAGAAUCAACAUAGGGUAUGCUGAAGAAUUUGUAGAUAAACCAUACCGGUUUUACAUCCUGGACAAUAAAUGUGUCAGUGUCCGAGAUAAAAAAGCGGAGGAGUUGCUGAGAUCAGGUUGAGAGAAGCUUACUCAGUACAAUGAUAAGUCCCAGUAAAUUUGUUUUGUUACUCUCUUAACUUUGACUAUGUACUCUUACUGGAUACAAAUUUUGAGCAAUAAAUUUCCCCGGUGGAAUGAAAUGUACCUAUAUUAAUAUUUACAUCUCUCCCUUCUUCAGCUUAGUAAACUCUGAUUGUGAAUAAAUUAGUGUAAAGCAGUGAAAAAAGGCUCAGUGGAUUAUUAAGCGCGGGAAUUGGUUACAUAAUCAUGACAUCAUCUCUUUGUGACAUUACAGGAACGUCAACUAGACAUCGCCAUAUUGAAAGGACUAAUCAAUGCAAUUUUAGCGUUUUCUCCUGUUACCCUAUGAUCUCUGUACAAAAAACUAACGUCAAGUGAGUGUUUUGUCAAAAAAUAAACUAAAUAUUGCGGAAAUGGGUGCAUAUUUAACUUCUCCACGAGGUAAGCUAACAACAAAUGGCUGAAGCGUACAGUUCCUAGAGAACAUUUGACCACGUCACUACUAAAUGUGUGUCACUGCAUGCUAUGCUUGACAACUGUAGUCAAUCUGAGACAGAUAUUGUGGAUUGUGAAUGUAUAUCAGUUAAUUAAAAAUGUAAAAGGUACUAAA